UUUCCCCAAGCGAUACAGGAACAGGGAAACUCAGCCCUCUCGUCCCAGAUGUGCCGCAACGAUCCCAGCCUAUAUGAUGCAGAGGAAUCCCGGGAAACAGGUUUGAGCCUCUGGGUCCUCUCAGCCAGGAUGGAGCCAGGAAACUCCACCCACUGCUGCAGCCUAUAAUCUUCCCAAAUUUCCCCACCUGCCUCACACUCCCAAGUCUUCCCGCUCACCACUCGGCUGCAGGUGCGCAGCAGGGGAGACCAAAGUUCCAGAAGCCAUGGCCUCCAUGGGAAUCCAAGUCCUGGGCAUCUCCCUUUCCAUCAUCGGCUGGCUGGGCUCGCUUGUGUGCUGCAUUCUCCCCAUGUGGAAAGUGGCCAUCUCCCAGGAAGACAACAUCCUGCUCUCCAAGCGCAUCUGGGAGGGCCUGUGGAUGAACUGCGUGAUGCAGAGCACUGGGCAGAUGCAGUGCACGCAGUAUGAGGCCAUCCUGGGCCUGCCGCAGGACAUCCAGGCUGGCCGGGCCCUGGUGGUCAUCGCCAUUGUGCUGGCGGUGGUGGGCACCUGCUUCGCCAUCCUGGGCGGCAAGUGCACCAACUGCGUGGAGGAGGAAGUCCCCAAGACCCGGGUCAUCAUCGCGGCUGGUGUCUUCUUCAUCCUCUCGGGAUUCCUGCUUCUCAUCCCCCUCUGCUGGACCACCCAUGCCAUCAUCCAGGACUUCCACAACCCCAUGCUCGCCUACAACCAGAGGCGGGAUUUCGGGCCCUCCUUGUUCAUCGGCUGGGCCUCCAGCAGCCUCCUGAUCAUCGGCGGGGCCUUGCUGUGCUGCAACUGCCCUCCGAAAAGUGAGAAGCCGUAUUCAGCAAAGUACAUGGCGGCGCGGUCAGUGCCUGCCAGUAACUACGUCUAAGACCAUCCCCUUCUCUUGAGGGACCUUUCCACCAUGAAGGCGACUGAGUAGGUUUUACUGCGGAUGGAGAGGGACCUCCUUCGCUGCCCGAGUCUCUCUCCCACCCCCCACACUUUGUGUCUUGACUCUGGAAGCAGCCUUUGUUUGCUGUGCCCACCAAAUCCUAAAAGGGGAACGCGGCUAGGUUGACCACCAAAGCAGGCCAGGAACUGGCUUCCGUCACACUGCCUUUGAGCUGCAGAAGCAGAGGGAGCUUCCAAACCACCCGGCGGAUGUUAGAUUUCUAAGCUGGACUGAAGCUUUUGAGGGAAGCUUCCUUGUGACUUUGAGACUCAAGAGCCACAAAGGGAUGGGACUAACAGCCCCAGGAUGGCGGGGGUUAAGGGUUUGUGUGUGUCUCUGUGUUCCAGGAGCAUUUCUGGGUUUGCCUAGGAUUGGAAGAUGCAUCUCGCUACCUGGCUUGGAGUGGCAGGGGGAAGCCAGUGAGAGUUUGGGUGCUAAGACUCUGCAUUGUGGUGUUGUGGUUAGAGUGACAGGUUAGGAACUGGGAGAGACCAGGGUUCAAAUCCCCCCUUGGGCACGAAGCUCACAGGGUGCAACCUUGGGGACCAUUCGCUGCCAGAAAUGUUGUAUCUGGGGCUAGGGACCUCCAGAGACUCUUCAGGAUGCUCCAGGUCAAUUUCUGAACCUCUUUCCCUCUGGUUAGUGGCUCUAGCCCAUUAUUCAGUCAGUAUAUUUUUGGGGAAGUGGGUGUUUUGACCUAUGCUGGCCUUCUUAGUGUGGCACCCUUCCAUCGGUGCCGCCAGCCAGCAGAGCUGUGUGCUCCCACCAGCUACAGUAACAUCCAACUAUCUUGUUUUCCAUGGCCCAAGCGAUGCUCUGAGGCUGAUCUCUCUUUUGACAGCCAGGCUUUUCAUAUUCUGCCUCUGCCUGAAUCAGGGAUGCCCUAGUAGGAAGAGGGGGAGAGAGGGGGGAGAGAGACAGAGAGAUAGAGAAUCUCAAGUUAGGCAUUCUGGUGUUUGUGCGUGUGUGUGUUUCAGUAUUUUAUUUUUGCAUUUUCAAAUUGCCUUUUAUUUGAUUGUAAAUUCCAUCCAGCAGCCUAGAAAUGCUUUGAAUAAAUAACAAAAAAGAA